AUGUCUACAUCCAACUCCUCCCUCCCCCGCCUCCCCCCAACACACACUAUAUCCCGCCGCCCAAUCCUGCACCCCGCCAUCGCCGAUCCACACGCUGGACCCACGGUCGCGAAAUGCGUUUACGUAUCACGCCGCACACCUCUCAUGAGCGCAGUCAAGCGCGUCAAGAAACUACUAGCACAAAUCGAGAAACGGGCAUCUGACCGCGCCAAAGGCGAAAGAGGAUCUACCGCUCCAUCUCGAGGCCGAGGCCGAGGCCGAGGGUCGGGCCAGCCGCCUAGUGUGCGCCAGGUGAACGCGGUGUUGGCGAGAGAUGGCGAGGAGGUACUAGUGAAGGCGAGUGGUCGUGCGAUGGAUCAGGCUUUGAAGGUGGCGGAGUGGUUUCGUGAGAGGGAAAAGGAUGUGCUUUGUAAUGUGGAUGUGAGGUAUGGGAAUGUGGCGGUCGUGGAUGAUAUUGUUGAGGUGGAAGGGGGGAGCGAGGCGGAUAUGGAUGGUGACGGGGAGGACGAUGGGGAUAAGGAGGGAGAAGGACAGUCAUCUGAGAUGUUGGGCAUGGAUCCAGGUGAAACAACACUUGAAUUGAUGGGCGAUACUACGGUAACCUCUGUCAUCGAGGAAACAGUAUUUACAGAUCACAACAACAACAACGACGAAAACGAGAACGACAACAAGGAUCAGGAUCAGGAUCAGGAUCCCACGAAACCCCCACACCAGCAAGACUCAACUGAACCGGUUAAUAACACAAGAAAACGCAAACGACGAAAACGACCGGUAUAUGAUGCAGACGAUAUACCAGAAGCGAGAAUGCGGUGGAUUAAAACAAUCGAGGUGGCUGUAUCGCUGAGGACAUAAAAGAGGUUUUCAUUCAUGAUUUCGUUCAUGCCUUGUACAUUGCUGGUCUAUGGUUGUAUUAUGAUACCCUGGAGGAGUCUGGGCUUAUGUUAAUG